CCCUCCUCCUUUGGUUUUAGGACCCUGGGAAGGCUAAUGCAGAACUUUCCUGUGUCCUGAUCCACAGAGGACAGCUCUGAGUUGCUGACUUCUCCCUGAGCAGGCUCCCAUCAUCCCACCACCAUGUCCAGCAAAAAGACCAAGGCGAAGACUACCAAGAAGCGUCCCCAGAGGGCGACUUCCAAUGUAUUCGCUAUGUUUGAUCAGUCCCAAAUCCAAGAGUUCAAGGAAGCUUUCAACAUGAUUGACCAGAAUCGCGAUGGCUUUAUUGACAAGGAGGAUCUCCAUGACAUGCUGGCCUCCAUGGGUAAAAACCCCUCUGAUGAGUAUUUGGAAGGGAUGAUGAGUGAAGCUCCAGGUCCUAUAAAUUUCACAAUGUUCCUAACCAUGUUUGGAGAGAGACUUAAUGGUACAGACCCAGAAGAUGUCAUCAGGAACGCAUUUGCCUGCUUUGAUGAAGAUGCAACAGGUUUCAUCCACGAGGACCAUUUACGUGAGCUCCUUACCACGAUGGGUGAUCGUUUUACAGAUGAGGAAGUGGAUGAGAUGUACAGAGAAGCACCGAUUGACAAAAAAGGCAACUUCAACUAUGUGGAGUUCACCCGCAUUCUGAAACACGGAGCCAAAGACAAAGAUGACUAAGAUGACCAAAGAAGAAAUACAAAGAUUACUGUAAAGAUGGAGGAGCCUUUUUUCUGCAGUUAGGGAAGUUUGUGUCCUUUUUACCUCAGCAGCACCCUUCCUUCCCUUUCUGCAGCCAUCGGCUACCCUCUGUGAGAGGUCCUGUAGGGAGAAGAUCCACAUUUGAGACCACAUUUAAUUCCACCAUAGAAGAGAUCAUUUGGGCAGUCUUCAGGAACAAAUCGGGUAAUUGGAAUGGUCCAUGGUUGGUCCUGAAUGUGACAAUCAGAACUGUCAUCUCUAAUUAUAUAUUAAGGCAAGGCCUCUGUAGGUGUCCACAGGUACUUCCCACAGAGGCUCCAUUAGGAAAGUGCUUGUAGAAAAUUGUGACUUUAACGAGACCACUGCCCAGUGAUAUUACAUCAGUCACUUAGAUAUGAAGAAGUCUUAUUAAUAUAUAACAGAAUAAAGAAAACUGAUUUAUUAACAUGA